AUGGCAUCAGAAUGUGGUUAUCCAGAGACCAUUACUAUUCCAUUGUUAGGAUUACCCGAAGGAGAAUUAGCAGCGACAGAGCAAAAAUGGUGGAACAAGAUAUUAGAUUUGAAAGAAGCAAAGAACCAGCUGAUUCUGCUGUCAAUUCCAUUAAGCCUCACCAGCCUUUCACAUUACUUGAUCCCUUUAGUAUCUGUCAUGUUUGCUGGCCACCUUGGAGAGCUUCAGCUUGCUGGAGCUACUCUUGCUAAUUCCUGGGCCGUCGCUACCGGUUGGGCAUUUGCGGUUGGCCUAAGUGGUGGACUAGAAACAUUGUGUGGCCAAGGAUAUGGCGCGAAGUUACACGGGAUAUUAGGGAUGUAUCUUCAAGCAUCUUGCAUGAUCUCGUUCUUCUUCUGCAUCCUGCUUUCAACUAACAUUUUGAGGUUUCUGCGAGCUCAAUCUGUGGUUCUGCCACUGGUUGUUUGCUCUGUUUUUCCCCUGCUGAUUCACAUUCCCUUAGCCUACGGUUUAGUUCAUUGGACCAAUCUUGGUUAUUGCGGCCCAGCAUUGGCUGCCUCCAUUUCGAUUUGGAUAUCAGCCCUGAUGUUGAUCUUUUAUGUUGGGAGAAGUGACAAUUUCAAGCAAACUUGGGUUGGACUUUCAAAGGAAUCACUCAAAUAUAUCCCUCAGACCUUACAACUUGCCUUGCCUAGUGCUGCUAUGCUAUGCGAAAACACUGAAGCCACCGCCUACAUGAUUCCGUAUGGUCUUAUCGCAAGUGCCAGCACUAGGGUGUCAAAUGAGUUGGGCGCUGGAAAUCCUACAAAAGCUAAGAAGGCUAUGAUAGUAUCCAUCAAGCUUUGUGCUCUUCUUACUUUAGCUAUGGCUUUGGAUUUAAGUUUUGGUCAGAAUACAUGGGCAAGUUUGUUUACAGACAGCCCUAUCAUAAUGCAACAAUUCGCUUCAGUGACACCGUUGCUUAUAGCCUCCAUUGUUAUUGAUAUUGGAUGCCAAGGAGUUUUAUCAGAACCUUCUACAAGAAUCAACGGGACUAAUCAUAUCGAGAACCGCCGGACUCGGAGCGGUGGCCGCUUGAGGAGGUUCGGCGGAGCGGUGCGUUGUGAAGUGGCAGCGGAAGUUGGGACGGCAGAAGCGCAAAAGAGACAGACGACAGUGAGAAAUGGUAACGAUUCGCUGGAGAUAUGCAGGGUACUGAAUGGAAUGUGGCAGACAAGCGGCGGAUGGGGAAGAAUCGACCGGGACGACGCCGUUCAGGCGAUGCUGGAAUAUACCGACGCCGGUCUCACAACAUUUGACAUGGCCGACCACUAUGGACCAGCUGAAGAUCUUUAUGGGAUCUUUAUUAAUAGAGUACGUCGAGAGCGUCCGCCUGAGGUUCUGGAUAGUGUUAGAGGCCUAACAAAGUGGGUGCCUCCACCAGUGAAGAUGACGGGUAGCUUCGUCCGUGAGAGCAUUGAUGUUUCUCGGAGGAGGAUGGAUGUGGCUUCCUUGGAUAUGCUUCAAUUUCACUGGUGGGAUUACUCUAACUCCGGCUACCUUGAUGCUCUAAAGCACCUUACAGACCUUAAAGAAGAAGGGAAGAUUAAGACUGUUGCAUUAACAAACUUUGACACGGCGAGAUUGCAGAAAAUUAUUGAGAAUGGUAUACCAGUUGUCAGCAAUCAGGUACAGCAUUCAGUUGUUGACAUGCGUCCUCAGCAGAAAAUGGCAGAGCUUUGCCAGCUUACAGGGGUGAAACUUAUAACGUAUGGAACAGUCAUGGGUGGCCUAUUGUCUGAGAAGUUUCUUGACACUAAUCUAGCAAUCCCUUUUGCUGGUCCUCCAUUGAACACGCCAUCCCUGCAGAAGUACAAACGGAUGGUUGACGCUUGGGGAGGAUGGAGUCUCUUCCAAAAACUGCUUCAGACAAUGAAAAUAAUAGCUGCUAAAUAUGGUGUCUCAAUUCCCACUGUGGCAGUGAGAUACAUAUUAGAUCAGCCAGCAGUUGCAGGAUCAAUGAUUGGUGUUCGGCUUGGUCUUUCCGAACACAUCAAAGAUGCCAAUGCUGUCUUCUCUUUCAAACUUGAUGAAGAUGAUAUGAGCAGCAUCCAGGAAGUUACGAAGAAGGGAAGAGAUCUUCUAAAAGUGAUUGGUGACUGCGGAGAUGAAUACAGGCGGGUGUAA